GAGAUGGCACAGCGGCUAGCAGGAGGGAGGAGCCGGACUGCGUCACACCGUGUAUGCGGAACUACGGCGAGGAUGAGGAAGAGCGGAGGAAGGGCCCGAUGGCCGCCCAGCGAUCCCGUGUCCGCGAUCGCCGAAUUCACCGCUAAGUGGUGAGCCAGCCAUGUGCCAGUGACCAUGGGUCAGCACCUCUGUAUCUGCGCUCGCAAUACUAUCACCAUAGAAGAGAAGAGAUACUUCUUUAUACAGAAACUAGAGGAAGGGGGGUUCAGUUAUGUGGACCUUGUGGAGGGAGUGCACGACGGACGUUUCUACGCCCUGAAGAGGAUCCUCUGCCAUGACAGAGAGGGCCGCCAGGAGGCCCAGACGGAGGUGGAGAUGCACCAGCUGUUUAAUCACCCCAAUGUCCUCUCGCUAGCUGGCCACACCUUCGUCGAUCGCGGGGGCAAGACUGAGGCCUGGCUGCUACUGCCUUAUAUCAGGAAAGGCAGCUUGUGGUCUGUGUUGGAGAAGCUGAGGGAUAAGGGUGCUUCCAUGCCUGAGGGACAAAUUCUGCACAUUUUCCAGGGAAUGUGCACUGGCCUCAGAGCCCUUCACGACAAAGGCUAUGCCCACAGGGACAUAAAGCCAACCAAUAUCCUCCUGGACGAGGACGACACACCGAUCCUGAUGGACCUCGGUUCCAUGAACAAGGCUCGUAUUGAGGUCCGAGGAUCCCGAGAGGCCAUGACCAUUCAGGACUGGGCUUCCCAGAGAUGCACCAUUUCCUACAGGGCACCAGAGCUCUUCAAUGUGGAGAGCUACUGCACCAUCGAUGAGCGCACAGACAUCUGGUCCCUGGGCUGUGUCCUCUACUCCAUGAUGAUGUUGGAGGGGCCUUAUGACAUGGUGUUCCAGAAAGGCGACAGUGUGGCGCUAGCUGUGCAGAACCCUAUUGUCAUCCCUCAACCUUGCAAGUACUCGCAAGGCCUUCAGAUGCUGCUCAGCUCUAUCAUGGUGCCCAACCCUCAGGAACGACCAGGCAUCAACUGGGUCCUUGAGCAGAUCCAGAACUUAAACAAACCAGAACGACCUGAUGAAGCCACUGCUGCGGUAUGAUGCUUCUGAGGAGGAACCUAAGUGAGGUUCCUCUCGUUUUGCUUUGGACUCUUCAUGAGGAAUGACCCGGACUUCACCCUGAACAAACACACCUCUGUGUUGACAAAUUUUCAAGCAUGUGUAUAUGCAUAUAAUACCCUCAGCCUUAUUCAUAACACCACACCUAUACAGACAGACAGACAGGAAUAAUGUUGUCCAUCGUUAAAUAAAAACACAUCGUAUUAGUCCAUUUAGCAGCAGCUAUGACAUGCCAAAUGGAAUAAUACAGCAGAUUAUGUUUUUCUAAGGAAAAUGUUUGUGUUCCUUGUGAUUUGUACUUAUGUUGAUCGAGUUUGUAUGCAGGUUUAACUGAUAUAGUAACCUGAGUUUCUAAAAUUUUACUGCCUGAUGAAAGAACGGUUCUUGUAUUAUUGGUUCUAAUUAGGUUAAAUGUGUCUGCAUGUGUAAGUAAAUUACCUGUGGUUGUUUAACGCAAAUUUCAGAAAUUGAAUGAGUUGUCUGCCUAGUUCUAGGCAGUUAUGUUAUGACGGUAAAAUACUACAAGGAUUUUGACCCUUUCAGGCUGAUGAACCCCCUGUAAAUAAUACAGGCAAAUCUUCCAAGCUAUUAAUCAGAAAUGGUGUAAAUUCUCAAAGGGCAGUAGUUUACAUUCAAGAAAAAUGUACCUUCAGGGAGAUUUAGAGUAGUGCUUCCCAACCCAGUCAUCGGGGACCCCCCAGACAGUCCACGUUUAUGCUCCCUGCCAGACAGUCCACAUGUUUGCUCCCUCCCUGAGGGCUGGGUUGGGAAAUGCUGAUUUAGAUUAUUUCCCCCCCCCCCCUGUUUUUAAAUGUAGUUCUAUAAACUGAGGGCUGCGUUUGAUCCUCAUAAAGGUUCUUUUUGCUCUUUGGGUUCCGUCGUCAUCCCUGAGUACGUCACCUGGUGAGCGAGGUCCUUCAUCACUUAUUCAGAUACCUUUUUUUUCCCUCUCUUUUACUAAGCAAACCAAUUUUGAUUCCUGCAGGAUUCUACCCAGUGUCUACGCGUGUGUGUGUGUGUUUUUUUAUGAAGGAGAACUGCGUUAGUGUUAAACUCCUCUUUUUUUUAAAUCAUAUAUUCUUUAAAUUGAAUUUAUAACUUCAGGUAGUGGAACCCAAAGAAAUGUUGUUCUGUGUGAAGGCGAUUAUAUUGGUCUUUUGCUGUUACAGAGUUGUGUUUUCAGGUAAUUUAAAAUCAUCUAUUGCACCCGUUACUGCCGAUUAGCUUUGUAACUACAGAAGGGUCACCUACCAAUGUACAAAAUACCUCUGAACAGGUUUGCUUAUCCACCAGGCCUUCAUGCGUUGUUUCCUGUACAUAGAUAUUUAUAAUAAAAGUAAUAUCUCAAAUAUGAAA